AUGGAAGUAAGGUUACGUGAAGAGAAAUUCAAUGCUAUGAAACUGCCAGAAUUAAAAAAUCACCUGCAGAGUAGAGGUAUAACCGUAAGUAGUUAUCUGAAGCCGGGACUAGUAGCCAUUGCAUGUGCAGUGGAAAAAAUGAACAUUCCAUUGAUCCCGCAAGUCAGUAAAGCCGAGCAGCAAGUAAAUUUAAGUUGUCGUUUGGCCAUCCAUGAUGUUGAGCUGCCGGAUCCAUUUACGAUUAAUGUUUCAAAUGAUUUUAAAAAUUCACCCCCGUUCGGCUUGUUUGAUAUAUUUAAUCAUCUUAUAUAUCAUUCAUCGGAAUACGACAAGCAGGGUCUUGCAGCCUAUAAGUCGUUCGAGAACUAUCGUUUGUUUUACGAUGGAUAUGUUGAGUCUUUGCUAACAGCCUACAGGCAAGAUGCUGGGGUCCAUGUUUAUAUAGGCAAGGUUAAGCCUACAAUGAAAGAAAUGACUAAAGAUGGUAAAGACGUUUACUAUUUAUGGUUUAUAUUUGAAGGAAACGGGUCUAAUCGCGGCAGUGUGCUUGAAGCGUAUUGCUGUUGUAUUGGUGGUAGAGAUGGUGGAUGUAAGCAUGUAUCAUCUGCUUUGUAUUCUCUUGAUUAUCUGCUUAAUUCUAGAGGGGAGGAUAGUGUUACAAGUAAGGAGUGUAAAUGGAUUCGAAGAUCAAGGCCUGAUACAGCACCGUGCAAGCUAGAAGAUCUUCAAAUAAAAAAAGUGUGACUUAAAGAUCAAGGAAAGAAAAGAAAAAGAGAUGAAGCAUACAACCAAUACAUUGACUAUGACCCACGUCCAUUUACAGAUAGGGGACCCUGUUCACAUGAACAACUUGUUAGUCUAGUAAAAUCAAUGCAUGAAAUAAAGAAGAAACCACCUAUACUAUCCAUUU